AUGGAUCCAUCAACCCACAAAUGCACUGUGUCGAGAGAUGUUGUUUUCGACGAAAUUUCUUCGUACUACAUGAAGAAUGUUGAAGAAACUUUUCAGACUAAUCUUCCCAUUCCCACGUCUACGGGAAGCUCCUGUAGUAGUGUUAAUAGUGAUAAGGGGAGCCCUAACUUAGCUCAAGAUACUUCAGUCGAUGAAGGAGCAAAAUGUGAAAGGUUACCGGGAAGUCCACAUCAGGAAGAAUCAAACGACGAGGAACCCAAUUCUUAUAAUGAAGCAAAGAAUGUCAAGGAAUGGGUGACAACAAUGGAGGAGGAAAUGAAUGCUCUCAAGAAGAAUGAGACAUGGGACGUCGUUCUGAAGCCUCCUGAUACUCAAGCAGUCACAUGUAAGUGGGUGUAUCGAAUCAAACGAAAGGCUGAUGGAAGUAUAGAUCGAUACAAAUCUAGAUUGGUCGCUCAAGGAUUCUCACAGAAGUAUGGAGAAGAUUACGAGGAGACAUUCAGCCCAAUUGCGAAGAUGACGUAA